GUGAGAGAGAGAGAGAGAAGGAGAGAGAGGAAGGGAGAAACAAGCAGUGUGAAUAGAAAUGUAAUGAACCAUAAAGAAGAAAAUUUAAUGAAGAUAAACUGCAAAGCAUGAGAAAAAUUCAACGCAUUUUUUGACAACGUUUAAAUAUCUAUACAAGCUAUCGAACGAAAAUGGAACAAAUUAGAAGAAAUAAGACAAAGUACACUUCACCAUAUACAUCUUCGUGGCCUACUAAAAAACCUGCUGAUGCUAGAAUUUUACCCGAGGAAUAUUGGAAAUAUCUACAAAGAAAUACUCAAGAAGCAAAUGAUAAAAACACUAGACGUCAUCAGAAUCCUAUAUCAGAACCGACGGUGAGCUAUUAUUCCUCCGCAAAUUCAUACAAGACUCUUAAACGUAAUUCUUAUCCACGUUCGAUGCAUUUGAAAUAUCCCUCUGGUCUUACGGAAGUACCGCAGCUAUAUCAACAAAAUACUACGAAAUCUGGUAAAAAUAAAGAUUAUACUAACAAUGUUGCUGUGGUAAACAAAGAUCGAUAUAAGAAUCGACAAGAAGAUGAUAGCAAUGUAGAAUACAUUGAUGAAGAAUUAGGAAAUUUUACGGAAGAUAAUCUAGAGGAUGAUGUUGAAGAGGAAGCAGAAAACGAUCAAGAAAGGGUCGGUGAGUCUCUCAACAAGGAGUACGAUGAACAGGAAGCAGACGACGAGGUAGAUGAAGAAUCUGAUGCACUUGCUGAACCACAUGCGAUACAACGAAAUACAGUUAAGAAAGAUGCUUCGCUGCGAACGCAGCAACGAAUGCAAAUAAUUAAUCAACAACAAAAUCCGCAUAGAGUUCAUUACUCUCAAUAUUCACCAAAACUGUAUCAAGCUCAUCCUUCACCAACAAGGUAUUAUCGCAACGUACUCGAUCGCGAUAUCCAUGAAGCGAUGUCGGAAGAAGAUCUGUAUACGGCUCAAGCGUUGAAAAAUCCUCCUAGAAGAUUAUCAGCGGGCUGUCAUCAAAAUUGGAUUCCGCACAGGAAUUCAACCGAUCGAUAUGACACAAUAACCUCGCCAAAGCAGUCAAGUCGCCGAGCGCAGACGAGACCAGAAAUGAAGUCCUACACGGAAGCAGAACUUGUCGAUAGAAAAAAAUGCAGCCGUUGCGGUAAUGUCUCGAUUAGGAGACAUCCUAGAAAUUUCCAAAGAAAUAAUUGCAGAUUUCAAGAUAACCCUAAUAUCUCGACUAAAGGGCAUUACG